CCAACACACAAAAACCCUGCCGUUUCCAGAUUUCCUCUGGAUCUCAACAAAAAAUCAAAACCCAAUAAAUCUUAUUUUACCUCAACUGCUGUGCUGUGCACUCAUUCGCGCCUUCGUUCGGACAAGGCGCUCCUGAAACUGAUUCCGAUCUCAUUUGUUCCAUAUUCUUACCUGGUAGGAGAUAACCAUGGCUACCUCAGAAGAGAAUAGUGCCCUAUUCCCAAUUUUUAUUUUGACGAUAAUGGCACUGCCUCUAGUGCCUUACACAAUAAUGAAGUUAUGCCAUGCUGCCUCUAAAAAAAGUAAAAGUAUCUACUGCAAUUGUUCUGAAUGCUUCCGCUCAGGGAAGUACCGCAAAUCUAUAUUUAAGAAGAUUUCAAACUUCUCUACAUGCAGUAACUUGACCUUGAUACUUCUAUGGGUCAUAAUGAUAUUCCUGGUUUAUUACAUAAAAAAUAUGAGUCGUGAAAUUCAAGUUUUUGAUCCAUAUGCAAUACUUGGACUAGAACCUGGAGCUUUAGAGUCGGAAAUAAAAAAGAAUUACAGAAGACUUUCUAUUCAAUACCAUCCUGAUAAAAAUCCAGAUCCAGAGGCGCACAAAUAUUUUGUGGAAUUCAUAACAAAGGCUUAUCAGGCUCUAACAGAUCCAAUAUCCCGUGAGAAUUAUGAAAAAUAUGGUCAUCCGGAUGGUAGACAGGGGUUUCAAAUGGGCAUAGCUCUUCCUCAGUUUCUGCUAGAUAUUGAUGGGUCGUCUGGUGGAGUGCUUCUACUUUGUAUUGUUGGAGUUUGCAUUCUCUUGCCACUGGUGGUUGCAGUGAUAUACCUAUCCAGAUCAUCAAAGUAUACAGGAAAUUAUGUCAUGCAUCAAACUCUGUCUGCAUAUUACUAUUUAAUGAAACCUUCUUUAGCACCAAGCAAAGUCAUGGAAGUCUUCACUAAGGCUGCUGAAUAUGUGGAAAUUCCAGUUCGUAGGACGGAUGAUGAACCUCUUCAAAAGCUAUUUAUGUCCGUUAGAAGUGAGUUGAACCUGGACCUGAAGAACAUUAAGCAAGAACAGGCUAAAUUUUGGAAGCAGCACCCGGCUGUAGUUAAGACAGAAUUAUUAAUACAGGCUCAAUUAACUCGUGAAUCGGCAGCUUUAUCACCCGCUUUGCAAGGCGAUUUUAGACGCGUGCUAGAACUUGCACCUCGACUUCUUGAAGAAUUAAUGAAGAUGGCAGUCAUACCACGCACUGCACAGGGCCAUGGAUGGUUGAGACCUGCGAUUGGGGUUGUUGAGCUCUCUCAGUGUGUUGUGCAGGCUGUUCCUCUCAGUGCAAGGAAGAGUACUGGAGGAUCCCCUGAGGGGAUUGCACCCUUUUUGCAGCUUCCACAUUUCAGUGAGUCGGUCAUCAAGAAGAUAGCACGCAAGAAGGUGCGAACUUUUCAAGAUUUUUGUGACAUGACCCGGGAAGAGCGCCAUGAGCUGCUAGAGCCUGCUGGAUUCUCCUCGUCUGAAAUAGAAGAUGUUGAGAUGGUAUUGGAAAUGAUGCCUUCUGUAACAGUUGAAGUUAGAUGUGAGACUGAAGGUGAAGAAGGUAUACAGGAGGGUGACAUUGUUACAAUUCAAGCUUGGGUGACGCUCAAACGUGCUAAUGGUCUAAUCGGUGCACUUCCUCACACCCCCUACUUCCCGUUCCACAAGGAAGAGAACUUCUGGUUUCUGCUUGCAGAACCCACCUCAAAUAAUGUUUGGUUUUUCCAGAAGGUAAAUUUCAUGGAUGAAGCUGCAGCUAUAUCUGCUGCAUCGAAGGCAAUUGAGGAGACAAUGGAGGGAUCUGGAGCAAGUGUUAAGGAGACAAGCACAGCAGUCAGGGAAGCUGUAGAGAAGGUGCGGAAUGGCUCCAGACUGGUGAUGGGCAAGUUCCCAGCAAUUGGAGAGGGGAACUACAACUUGACUUGUUACUGCCUGUGUGACUCUUGGAUAGGCUGUGAUAAAAAGACUAAUUUGAAGGUUAAAAUUCUGAAACGAACACGGGCUGGCACUCGGGGUGCUAUCUCUGAAGAGGGACCAAUUGCUGAGGAUGGAGUUGAAGAGGAAGAGGAGAAUGAAGAUGAGGAAUAUGAUGAUUAUGAAAGUGAGUAUAGCGAAGACGAGGAAGAAGAAAAAGAUAGAAAAAAGAAGGGCCCUGCUACAAAUGGCACCGCCCACAAUAGAGGUUCAAGCUCAGAGGGUUCAGGCACAGAUGAGGAAUGAAACACUGUUUUGUUCAUCAAUGAUUAGGAGGAAUAAGCUCUUAUUUAUUCGGGUCUAUGAACUUUAUGACCAUUGCAGUGAAUAGUGAUAGUCAUUUAUGGCAAAAGUCUUGAGUAUUUUUGAAUCCUUACACUGGCUUUUUACUAAUUAAACACAUCCUCUCCUCUUCCUAUUGCA